AUGGUACGACUGCUGCUGCUCGCGGCGUGCUGCUCCGCGGCGACGGACGUGGAGCGCUGGGAGGACCGCUGGUCGAGCGGCGCCUGGGACGACGGCUGGCGCGCGCAGGUCGGCCCCGUGGACGUGACCUGCGAGUUCCGCUACCGCCUGGGCAUCCGCGACGGCAAAGUCGGCGGGACGCGGCCGGCGCUCGCCGUGGCCUACGGCCGGCCGGCGCCCUACGGGCCGUCGCGGCAGCGCAUCGUCUUCGAGCCCGACGCCGCGGCCGCGGACGACUUUGCAUCGACGCCGCGGCUCUGCGAAUACAGGAGCUCAAAGACUAUCAACGGCUCCGCGCCCGCGGACCUCAUGGUCGCGAGCUCCGUGGGCUACCUCUUCCGCCUCUGGCCCUACUUUGUGAACCACGUGUGCUACGGCGAGGCGGCGGGGCACCGCGUCUUCGUGUGGAUCGGCGAGCUGCCCGAGGGCCUCGCGACGACGGUGAACGGCGGCUGCCGGGGCAGCCGCCAGGGGCAACUGCUCUUAGCCGAGGGCAUGCUCCCGGACCAGCGAAGGCUCAAGUCCGCCUACUACGGCCGCGGCGACGGCUACGAGGCGCUGAACAGCAACCACUACAACAAGAUCCCCGCGUCCGCCGCCGUGCUGGACCGGCCGGGCGUCGACGGCCUCUUCUACGCGGACCUCGACUCCUACUUCGACGUCGCCGCGCUGCAGGAGCCGCGCCUCGCCGACGCGAUCCACGGCGCGGGAACCCUCGACCUGAGCUUUUUUAGCAACGCGGGGUCGGCCGCGCCGUUCUGGAACGUCAAGGGCUGCGCGUUCUACGCGCGCCGGUCGCCCCUCGCGAGCGCCGUCCUCGACGGCUGGAUCGAGGAGCGCUGCGGCUUCAAGGACCAGUACCCGCUCUGGCACACGCUCCUCACCGCGGCGGCGGACGCGGGCUGCCUGAGCUACGACGGCGAGAUCUACGGCAUGCUCUCGCACGACGCCAUGAAGCGCGGCGCCGAGCUCCACCCGCACCUGGCGCUCUCCGCGGCGCAGCUCCGAGUCGCCUGCGCGUCCUUCCGCUUCGCGCCGACGCGCUUCGAGUGGCCCGCGCACCGCUCCGUCCCGGGCGACGCGCUCGCGCGCUUCCCCUACGAGGGCGGCGAAUUCAACGUGUCCAACCUCCUCGAGGGCACGCCCGACGCGGGCAGGCUCCUCGCCUUCCUCGGCCUCGGGGACCUGGACCCGGACACCUUCCUGUAA